CACAGUUCAGAUAUACGAGAAUGUCCCUCUACUUCGAUGCAGCCUCUAUACUCACCUCACCUUCUACCGGCGGCUCUUUCAAAUCGCGCAUCUACUCCUCCCGCUCCAAGGCGUCACCGGCGCAGAUCUAUGCUUUGAUCACGGAAACGUCGAAAUGGGACGUCCUCCUCAAAGAGGUCAUUGAGAAUGCCGGAAUCCUCAGUUUAGAACACAAGCUCACCCCGCUGCUUGCCUUGCUACUUGUUCAUGACCACCUGUUCGCGAAAAAUGGCAUCGCUGCCCCCGCUACGCAUCCACUUCGCCAGGCUGUGGAGAGACAUAAGACGAGGCUGAAGGCGGAGUUUGUCAAGGCGCGAGUCCGGCGCGGAUGUGCGACGGUGGAGCAGCUGAAGGCUGCUGUUUCCCGGGAGAAGAAGGAGAAGAAUAAAUCCAUCCAGAACACUACUGAUUACUAUCCCCGGUGGAUCAGGAUCAAUAAUCUCCGUACCAGUCUGGAGGAGCAGUUGGGAUCUACCUUUUCGUCGUACAGGAGGGUCGAUUCCCUUGCGCAGCUCGCGCAGGAAGAGGAUGAUGAAAACGGUCCCUGUCUCUACAUUGACCCGCACAUCCCGGAUCUUGUUGCUGUGGCCCCCUCGGGCGUCGACUUCUCCGGUUCAACGGCAUACAAGAAUGGCGAGAUUAUCCUCCAGGAUAAGGCGUCUUGCUUCCCCGCGUAUCUGCUUGUCGGAGAUGCGGGCGCGAACGGUCAAACAUGGCAAGGAAAUAUUGUCGACGGUUGUGCCGCCCCGGGGAACAAAACUACUCAUCUUGCAUCGAUACUUCAUAAGCGGCAGCCUAAUGAUAAAAAGCGGAAGAUCUUCUCCAUGGACGCGUCACAGACUCGAUCCAGAACGCUUCAGAAAAUGGUCUCCCUCGCGGGCGCGGAUGACAUCGUCACCAUUCUCCCCGGACAGGAUUUCCUCGCGGUAGAUCCGUGCGAUACGCGAUUCGCAGAUGUGACCGGUCUUCUCCUGGACCCCAGCUGUUCGGGCAGUGGGAUUGUCGGCCGUGAUGACGUUCCCGUUCUUACUCUUCCUGCUGCUGCUACAACAAAGACCCAGCCAACGGGGAAGAAACGUAAACGUAAACACGACGACAACUAUAAUAGCGAAGAAAACAAAAAGCCACCACAGAACGGCAUGAAUACUACAGACGAAAAUGAUCUCCCUACCUCAUCCGAUCCCGAGCGACUGGUGAAACUGUCUAAUCUUCAAGCUCGUAUCGUCGAGCACGCUCUCUCCUUCCCCGCCGCCACCCGCGUCACAUAUAGUACGUGUUCGAUCCAUUCCGUCGAGAACGAAGGCGUGGUAUCUCGCAUUCUGAACUCGGACGUCGCGAAACGCCGCGGCUGGCGGCUCUUACGCAGGGAUGAGCAGUGUGCCGGGUUGCAAGCGUGGAAGUAUCGCGGUAUCCGCGAGGAGGCAGGAUCUGAAAAUAGCAGUGCGCUGUCACUGUCGGAUUCGGACCUGGAUGCUUGUAUCCGUUGCUGGCCUGGUGAGGAGGGCUUAGGCGGGUUCUUUGUCACGGGGUUUGUGAGAGAUCAGGAGGGAAACGGGGAGGACCAAGAUGAGGAAGAGGAAGAAGAAUGGGAAGGAUUCUCGGAUUAGAUCCAUUCGAAAAGAAAUAAAAUAUUCAAAC